AUGCAUGCUAAAGUUGUAGCCAAAUCUAUAAUAGAUUUUUUGAGAAAUUCUGGUCUUAAGUUAAACAAUAUGGUAGGACAAGGGUAUGACGGUUGUAGUGCUAUGUCAGGUAUUCAUAAUGGUGUCCAAGCAAUUAUUAAAAAUGAAUUUCCUAAAGCUGUUUUUGUACAUUGUUCAUCACAUAGACUAAAUUUAGUAAUUAAUGAUUUGAAUAAACUUCAGCAUGUUCAAAACUGUGCUGGGAGUAUCAGGUCAAUUAUUAAAUUCUUUCGGUUAAGUCCUAAAACAGUGUUUCCCAACCAGUGGUCCGUGGGCCAGUCAUAG